AUGGCAUCUGAGAUCCUAGUGAACCUACAUGAAGACCUGACCUGUCCCCUCUGCCUAGAGCUGAUGAGAGAUCCUCUGAGCCUAGAUUGUGGCCACAGCUUCUGUCAAGCGUGUAUCAUUAUGAACAACAAGGCAUCCAUGACCAGUUCAGAAGGAGAGAACAGUUGUCCUGUGUGCCGGAGCAUAUAUCGUUCUGACAACCUACGACCUAAUUGGCAUCUGGCCAAGGUAGUGGAGAGACUCAAGAAGGUCAAGGUGGAGGAGGGACAGAAGACAGAUGUCUGUGAGCGCCAUGGAGAGAAACUCCUGCUCUUUUGUCAGAAGGAUGAAAUGGUCAUUUGCUGGCUUUGUGAGCGCUCUCAGGAACACAAAGGACACCAAACAUUCCUCGUUGAAGAGGUUGUCCAGCAUUACCAGGCAAAUGUCAAGGCGGCUCUUGAAAGACUGAGGAUGCAGCAAAAGGAAGCUGAGAAGUUUGGAGAUGACAUUAGAGAAGAGAGAGCUUUCUGGAAGAAUCAGAUGCAGACUGAGAGAGAAAGUAUCCACCAAAAAUUUGAUCAGGUGAGACGCAUCCUGGACCAUGAGGAGGAAGAGGAGCUACAAAAGCUGCAGAAAGAGGAGGAGGAUGUCAUGUGUCAUCUGACAGAGGAUGAUAAUGAACUGGCCCAGAAGAGCCAGUUGAUAGAAGAACUCAUCGCAGAUCUGGAACAUCGAUUGCAGGUAUCAUCAGUAGAGAUGUUGCAGGAUGUGAAUGGCAUUAUAAAAAGGUGUGAGAAACUUACUGUGAAGAGGUCAAAAACCUUUCUCAAUAAACAGAGGAAAGGAUCCCAAGCUGUAGAUCUGAGGGGAAUGCUGCAAGUAUUUAAAGAACUUAGAGAGCUGGCGGAUGCACAACGCUACUGGGUAGACAUGACCCUGAUACCAAUGAACUCUUCUUUGGAUAUUGUCAUUUCUGAGGAUAGGAAACAAGCAAGAGUUGAGAAAAAGCCAACACGUGCACAUCAUGUUAGAAACUCUGUGUUUGGUUUUGGCAUGGGCAGUGAAUUUUCAAAUUAUCAACAUAAAGGUAUUAACAGUGGUUAUAAUCCUAUCAGAGGCUCCCUGUGUAUCAACUCAGGGAAACAUUAUUGGGAGGUGAAUGUAUCUGGAAAAACUGCCUGGAUCCUAGGAGUAUGCUGUGUCAGAAGACCUGACCUCAAUAUGGGGUUAAAUUUUAACCAAAUUGAACUUCAAAAUGUUUAUUCCAAUUAUCAACCUCAGUAUGGCUACUGGGUUAUCGGGUUACAGAAUCAGUCUCAGUGUACUGCUUUUGAAAAUGAUUCUUCCUUUAAUGGCGUGAAUUUGGUCCUUUUCCAAACCAUUCCUCCCUGUCAUGUUGGGGUUUUUAUAGACUAUGAGGCUCGUACAGUUUCGUUUUUCAAUGUCACAAACCAUGGGUCCCUCAUGUACAAAUUCUCUAAUUGUUGCUUUUCUACGACUGUUUGUCCUUAUUUCAAUCUAAAGGAAUGUGCAAAUCCCAUGUCUCUGUGCUCACCAGGCUCCUGA